AUGGACCCUGUUGAGGAAACUUUAAAGUGUCCCGUCUGCCAGGACUUCUUUACAGAUCCUGUAACGCUGCCAUGUGGACAUGACUUCUGUCUCACCUGUAUCCGAGCUGUCUGGGGAACAGAGGGGUCUGACAAGGCUCCUUUCUUCUGUCCAGAGUGUCAGAUAUUCCUUCCCUCUAACCUCACUCUGGAGGUCAACACCAGCCUUCAGACCAAAGUAAAGGACCUCGCCACUAACCGGCCGCCAACAGCAGAGCAAAGGACAACUACUCAAAGCAGGGCAACUACGUCAUCUUCGACUAUCCACUGUGAUCACUGCAUAGAGUCGCCAUCGGUGGCCAUAAAGACCUGUCUGACCUGCGAUGCCUCACUAUGCCAGGCCCACGCCCUGCUUCACCAGCAGAGAACUGCUCUGAGGGAGCACACAGUGGUGGAGGUGACGGAGGAUCCGCUGUCUCUGAAGUGCAGGGAGCACCGUGAUGAGCUCAAGCUGUUCUGCAUGGAGGAGAGGGUCCCUGUGUGCUGCCUGUGUCUCCUGGUUGGCAUGCACAAGAACCACAAAGCAGUUCAACUCCAAGAAGCCUGCGCAGAUUUCAAGAGCAUAUUAGAGGCCACCAUGAACCAACUGCUGAAGAGGAGAAAUGAAGCAGAACAUGCCAUUAAGGACUUGGAGUCAUUGUAUACUCAAACACUGAAGUCUGCUGCAGAUUUCAGAGAGAGAAUCUCAGACAAGUACAGCAGGAUCCGUGUUGUGCUGGACGGGGAUGAGCGUCUGAUGAUGCAGAUUAUAGACGCAGAGGAGACGUACAUGACAGAGUGGCUGGAGGCCCAGAGAGGCAGCAUGGAGGCUCAGAUCAAAGAGAUAGACAGCCUGAGGGCCUCCAGCAAAUCACUUCUCCGAGAAACAAAUGAGCUGCGAUUCCUACAGCAAAUCACUGCACAGAAUCGUUGCGACCCUUUAGAUUUAGCACCAAUCCAGGAAGUAGACAAAGAUCUGUGUGACCUUGAAAAGCUGAGAACAGUAGAGAGGCUGGUGGAUGACCUCUCAGUGGCUCUGUCCCAACACUUUCCCAGGAUGUGGUCAUAUCUAAGUUCUCCUGCUCUGGACUCCAAGUCAGCCCAUCCGAAACUGGAAAUAUCCCAGGAUAGGAAACAAGUGUACUGGAGAAGGCCGUCUGUCAGUGAAGCUCAGAGCCCUCAGCCAUAUGACUCCCAGUGCAGUGUCCUUGCUCAGGAGAGUUUCACUACUGGUCAGCACUACUGGGAGGUCAUUGUUCAGGAGAAACCUUACUGGCUAAUGGGUUUGACCACAGGGCCAGUCGAUAACAAAGAUGCUCCAAAUCACAGUUCCUCCAGCCUGGGCGUAAACAACACAUCCUGGUGCAUCUACCAUGGGGACGGGAAGUACCUGGCCUGCCAUGACACCCAGGAGAAGCUGCUGUCGGUGGGAAAGAGAAUCAGAAAGCUGGGCAUACUGGCAAAUCUCCAGAAGGGGGAGCUGUCAUUCUACGACGCUGAUGCAAUGACCCUGAUUCACUCUUUCUGUGUGCAGUGCACUGAGCCUCUUUACCCCAUGUUGAACCCCUGCAUUGAUUUAAAUGGACUGAACAUGCAGCCUCUUACCAUGUUUUGGAUUAAGGACCCCUGGGAUGUAAACAGAAACGGGGGCAAAGACUAA